UUUACACACAAUUUUGCAACUGAUUUAUUAACAUGGCGUCAAGGGAUGGGACGAUUAAGAAUUAUGAAUUGAGAAGCACCUGGACUAAAACGGCCCUGGCCUAUAUUAGGAGUUAUUUCAGGAUUUUCCUGACGAGAAUGAGGAAAGCUACAAAACUUUCAGUCAUGAACCCCGGUCUAUGGGCCGAGACUCGAACUCAGUAUUGCGAAAAUAGAAGCCAGAAUGGUUUGACAAGGACUGACACUGCGUCACGUUCCUGUCACAUCUGUCAUGGCAGACAACACUGCAAUAAACGGAAAGGACAAGGGUGAUGACAGAUUUCGCAUUAUACAGUGGUUAUUUAUGUGGGUAGCCUGUCCAUUAGUUCCAGUUAAAGGGUCACGACUUUACGACAUGUACUGCGUUCUUCUCGUGGCGUGUAGUUACCUCACACAAGUCUUCGUCGUCAUGGGUAUACUGAAGAACCUGCAUGACGUAUCGUACAUCAUGGAGGCUGUUCGACCGCUAUUAUCCAUGUGUUCUGUCAUUUGGAUGCAUUUCUUCAUCAGUUUCAAGAAGCAAGGAGUUCGAGAAUUGCUGAGCAUUUUAAAGAACUUCACCUGGUCCGACGUGGCUGACACAAACACGAAGGCUGGCUGGAUUUCCCGCAUACAGAUAAUAGCUUACAGAGCAAAUAUAACGCUCAUUGUUAGCCACGUGUCCUACUGGAUUCUUCGCAUAUUAACCAACAACAGCACCCUCUUCUUCAACACUUGGAUUCCCUUUGGCCAGAAAAGCAAUUUGUCUUAUGUCUUCAUAUUGAUCAUACAGGAAACAGGAGCGGCCAUCUAUCUUCAAAAGUUUAUUGUGCAGUUGGUCACUAAUUGGUUCUGCUCUCUCGCGUUUUGUGGGACGCUGAGUCUGUAUUCAGUAAUGGUGAUUGCAUGCUGCAUCCAACUGGAGAAGAUCCAGACCGCAUUACUAGACAUGAAGCAGAGGGAGGAAGAGCCAGAAUCAGUCAUGAAAGACCGUCUGGCUCAGUGCGUACGACAUCAUCAGAAAGUCUUGAGGUUCAUGAGCGUCUUGGAGGACACAUUCUAUCUCGUAAUACUCGGACCUUUUAUAUUCGUGGCCGUUGGGCUGUGUUUCGCUGCCUUCACAGUGAUGACGAUGGGGAAAUACAGCGAGGUAUAUCAGGCACUUCUUAUUAUACUCGUCUUGCUGGCUGAGUUACAGAUCUUCUGCUGGUUUGGCAAUGAGCUUACAGAACAGUCUGGCCUGGUACGCGAAGCAGCAUGGAAGAGCGACUGGGCUGGUUCACCCGUUUCCCAUCAGCGCUCAAUUAAUGUUCUGAUGACCGUGUCUGAAGAAUUCACCCUCACAGCCGGAAAGAUUUUUCCUGUGUCUCGCCGCACCAUGCUGAAGGUGUUGAAUGAGACGUAUUCAUACUUCCUGUUCCUGCUGAGCUUUGUGAAGAAGUCGUCAGAAGAUAUGUAGAAACCGACGGACAAGCUCUAGUGUAUCUAUUAUGAUAACAUGAAAUGAUGGGAUACUGCACGAUUACUAUAUGUCAAAGCACAAGAAUGUGCCCUCUAUAUCUUCAGAGUAGGAGACAGAGCAAAGAGUGGAAGAAAGUUACAGGAUAUAGGGGUAGAAGCCCAAGCAAAUCAACAGGAGAAGAAAAAGGAAGAAAGAAUCUGAUGACCUUGAAAGGACGGGAUUAGAAAUACUGUAAAAAUAAUGGCUCUGGGUGACCAGUGGGUGGUACAGGGAUGUCAAGAGACAUUGGACAUGCAGGGCCUGUUUCAAUGACAGGUUAGGUGUGAGGGUACAACAUUAACAUGGGCUGAAGGCAGAGAAGAGGGAAAAAGAAGAUGACUGCACAAAAGGAAGGAGACAAGGGUAAACAAUCAGAGGAUGCUUCAGAGCAAGAUGCUGCUUUCAUCUUCAGGGCAGAAGAGUAAGCUGAAUGUGGAAAGAAGUGGUACAGAUUUUGGCUUCAUCCUUGCCUCCUUCCUCAAAACUGGGCAGUUUCAGAGAUGAAAUAUGCAGACAGAGACAUGCCCUCCCUAUCAAGCAUUAGUUUUAUGCAUGAUUUGAAACUGUAUGUUUAUGUAAAAUGUAAAUAUAGUUGCCAAAGGCGGUCCAUCUGUCUCAUUAUUCACAAAAGGUGAAUCACAGAAAAAAGUUGGUGAAGCCAAAAGCAAGCCUCUUGGAGAUGGAAUUCUUGUUAAUAUUGCUAUGUGCAUCAGUUUGAGAAUAACCCAGCUUAUUACACAUUAUUCUCUCUAAGAAAAGCAUUAGGGUCAUUGCCGUGAUGUUGGGAGAAACCCAAAUUUUAUGCCAUUAAUAAAAUAUGAACAAAAACCUGAACUAUCUUCCAUCAUUGCUAGGUUAAGUGGCAAAACCCAAAUUAUCUUCUGGUAUUAGUAGGAAAUGGGUUAAUAUCCAAAUUAUCUGUUUCUGUUGCUAGAUAAGGGAGAAGGAUGAUGACAGGAUAAACACAUAAAAGGGAUGGGAAAAAAGGAAUGCAGGAGAAAAGGCAGAAGGAGACAAAGUUAUGAAAUGGAUAAAGGUAUGAAAGAAUAUA